AUGCGGUCGAAACCAAGAAGCAAGACAAAACCCUCUUCAUCCGCCGCCUCCUCCUCCUCCUCCUCCUCCUCAAGCACACCCCACAAGUAGUUGGCGUGAGUCCGCUCGCUCGGGCAGUCUGGAGUGUCCCUUAACUUUUAGAUAAUCCCAGAAGCAACCGGCGGGAAUUGAAAACGACUCUAGUCGCUCGGGUACUAGCGCGCUACAAGCUGGACGUCAGUGCACACAGCGAGGCCCAUUUCUCCGAACAAGGUCAACUGGAGGAUGUGGGUACCGACUACACCGACUUCUGGAACGGUCGCCCUGAGGCAGAGGGACGCGAUGUAGGCGUCGCCUUUGCCAUCGUGACACGACUCCCUGUCUGCCGCAGGGCAUUAAUGAGCGUCAGAUAAGCCUGCAUCUGUAUCUUCAGGGAUCCAACUUUGCCACCAUCAUCAGCGCCUACGUCCCAACAAUGAACAGCUCAUACGAAGCGAAAACAAAGUUCAAUGAAGACCCGCACACCCUCCUGACGUCUGUGCGGAAACGGGUAAGCUGAUUUUCCGCGUCGGCACAGACUAUCCUGCCUGCAGAGUAAUGCUGUGUCCCUAGGAAAUCGUUGGCUGCAACGAUAAUGGCCUCCUCCUCCUCCUCCUGCGAUCCUGCGCUGAUCACUGCUCCCUGAUGGCCAGCGCAUUCUUCCGCCUGCAGAUGCGGAAGAAGGCCACCUGGAUAAUCCCUGAUCGCGGCACUGGCAGCUGCUGGACGAUUUUUUCGUUCGGCAGCGAGAUCGGCAGGACGUGA